ACCUGUUAUCCUGUUGUAGCUGCAACACAGAGCGGUGUGUGUAGGCUACAUGUGUUUAUGCAUGUGUCUCCGCGGAAAAUGAAAACGGAUGCCAUAGCCCAAAUCGAAGUUAUACCAUGCAAAAUUUGCGGAGACAAGUCAUCAGGAAUCCACUAUGGAGUCAUCACAUGUGAGGGCUGCAAAGGGUUCUUCAGACGUAGUCAGCAGAACAACGCUGCAUACUCCUGCCCUCGCCAGAGGAACUGUCUGAUCGACAGGACCAACCGAAACCGCUGCCAACACUGCCGCUUACAGAAGUGUCUCGCACUUGGAAUGUCCAGAGAUGCGGUGAAGUUUGGCCGCAUGUCAAAGAAGCAGCGAGACAGCCUGUACGCCGAGGUGCAGAAGCACCAGCAGCGGAUCCUGAAUGAGCGGCAGCAGCAGACUGGUGAGGCCGAGGCCCUGGCGCGCGUCUACUCCUCCAGCCUGACCAACGGCCUCAACACCCUCAACCACGAGAUCGGAGGCACCUACGCCAACGGCCACGUCAUCGAGCUUCCCAAGGGCCAGGUGAACGGUGGUGCCCCCGGCGGCUACUACCACGGUAUGGACUCCACCCAGCCCUCCCCGGAUCAGUCAGGCCUGGACAUGGCGGGCAUGAAGCACAUAAAACAGGAGCCUGUGUACGACCUGACCCCUGUGACCAACCUGUUCAACUACAGCUCCUACCAGGACAGUCAGCUGGCGCCAAGCAAUGUCAGCAUGGGAGAGCUAGAUCGUAUCGCCCAGAACAUUAUAAAGUCUCACCUGGAGACCUGUCAAUACACAGCAGAUGAGCUGCAGCAGCUGGCCUGGCAAACACACUCCUACGAUGACAUCAAGAUGUACCAGAGCAAAACGCGAGACAUGCUGUGGCAGCAGUGUGCCAUCCAGAUCACCCAUGCCAUCCAGUAUGUGGUGGAGUUUGCCAAGCGCAUCUCAGGCUUCAUGGAGCUGUGCCAGAAUGACCAGAUCCUUCUGCUCAAGUCAGGUUGUCUGGAGGUGGUCCUGGUUAGAAUGUGUCGGGCGUUUAACCCGCUCAACAACACAGUGCUGUUUGAGGGGAAGUACGGGGGCAUGCAGAUGUUCAAAGCUCUAGGCUGUGACAACCUGGUCAGCGCGGUAUUUGACUUUGCCAAGAGUCUGUGCUCUCUGCAGCUCACUGAGGAGGAAAUCGCUCUGUUCUCCGCAGCAGUGCUCAUCUCCGCAGACCGGCCGUGGCUGAUGGAGCCCAGGAAGGUGCAGAAGCUCCAGGAGAAGAUCUACUUUGCGCUGCAGCACAUCAUGCAGAAGAACCACAUGGAUGAGGACACGCUGGCUAAGCUGAUUGGUCGGAUCCCCACGCUGUCGGCCCUGUGUACUCUCCACACCGAGGAGCUACAGGCCUUCCAGCAGCUUCAUCCCGAGACGGUCAAUGUGCUUUUCCCCCCACUCUACAAGGAGCUCUUCAAUCCCGACCCCAAUGCAGCCAUCACCAUACCCAAGUGACUGCCUACGGUCCAAUCUCAGAGAGUGGACCACAACGUGACCGCGGACGCAUCAUUACCGCAACCGCAAAGCCCGGACCCCAGGCCCGGACCCUCCAGACACUUACAGCCGCAAACACUAGGAAUGUCCAGCACUUAUCCAACCCUAUUCACCGAUACAGUCUAAAGAAUGUAUAUAAUGCACCCAUGACCAAGGGGCUCUUCAGAACUGAUCAGAAAUGUACAGACUUUAACUAGCACAUUUUAAGCUGUCUUUUAACUGGGUAAGUCAAUUUGUUUAUCUUUGAUACAUUUUUUUUUUUUUUACAUGAUAUUGUGAUAUUGAAGGUGGGGGAGGGAUUCGUGUGGAUUCAGAAAAACUAUUGUAGAUAUUCUUUAGUACAGAGCGGAUUCCAGUAUUACUUAUUUUUCUGUUCAUAUUUUAGUCCUAAUUUAAAACUGUAGCUGCCCUAUGUGGCUGAUACCUUGUCUAUGUGUUUUUUUAUUUGAUAGAUUCAUGUGUACAGAAUUUGUCAAGUUUAAAUGAGACUUGUUAAAGAAUAUUGGGUUAAACCUGGGGGGUGCUUUCGGUACGUCGAGAAACCUUGUCUGGGCUCUGUUGAUAUGUGAAGAGGGUAUUGCAUCUUUCAGUUGAGAACUAUUAAACUGUAAAAGAAGGAGUAAAACAAUUAUGGCUACUCUUCAAGGUGAAGAUAUGUACAUAAAUAUUCUAUUUUGUGUGAAAAAAAAGUUUCUGGCAGAUUGCCAUCCUGCCAGCCCCCCUAAACCUACCACCACCUCUCUCCACCCCACCUAGCCAAAACGACUGUGUUGAUCUUGGUGUCUUUUCAUGAUGGCUUACUUAGUCAGUGAAUAUAAGAACCCCAGUCCCUGCAUAAACCUCUUCCUCUCUACAUCCCCCCCCUCAUUUUGCACAAUCUAUGCCCAUGCUAAUCACUGGGCAUCUUAAAUGAAGAAUACUUUCUCUCUCUCUUUCUCUCUGAGGAGAUAGAACUUUCACACUGCUUUAUCCUUAUCCUUGCAUUUCUCUGUUCAGCCUCAUCCUUCUAGAACAUUCAAUCACAGGGUAGUCAUGAUUAGCUAGAGUGGAUACACCAGGAUGUCCACUGAUCAUUUCUUUCAAUUUGACUGACAAUCGGACAUUCAAUCUUUCAUAUUAAAAUGGAAACUUGAAACACAUUCCACAUUACAGAGAGUGCUCUCUGGGACUCUUGCACUGCUUAUUCUAGGGGUAAUAGAUAUUCUUCCCUGAAACGUUUGCCACUUAAAGUUGCAAUACAUUGUAUAAUCUUUAUAGUAAGCUAUGAUAGACAAUCACUUCCUGUUUUGUUUAAUUUAUGAACAGUUUAGAAUGUUUUUCAAAUGCUUUUUAAAUGUUAAUGCUGAAGAUCUUCGAGGAUUUCCUUAGAUGUUAUAAUAGACACGUUUACGUGUUUCGCACAGUUGCCAAAUCCCUCUGAGCUUUUAGUGGAGAAUAGAUGCUAGCCAGUGCGUGUACAGAACAGUAUGACCUGAGACAUUUUCCUCCACUUCCCAUUUCCAUUACCCCCCACCCUUUCCCAUAUGCAGUGAACACUAUGUUGUCCUGUCAUCCUCUGUAUACACAGGAUGAGCUUCUAGUCAUAGCUCCCCACCCCCAACCCCCCAUUCCAUACCCCCCCCCCCCCCCCACGGCCCAAAAGUAGUUCCCAUCCCUCUCCCCUCAUAGGUCAGAGGUCAGUGGCUCGUUAAAGACAAUCACUUGCAUUUCGAUGCACUACACAGCAUCUCUCUCAGGGAGCAACAAUUUUUCUGUCUUUGCAUGAAAAGAACAUUUUUGAAAAAUGUAAGCAUUUUUGGGAGAGAUAAAUAUGCUGGUGGCUCCCAGCGAAGGAACCUACCCAGACAAGGCGUGUGUGUGUCUGUGUGUGUGUGUGUGUCUAUCUGUGUGUGGGAAAGAUUCACUGUCCGGGUCCAUAUAAUGGGGAGAGCCAUUAUCUACAAUAGUCCCAGAAAUUCCUUUAAUAAUGUCCUGAAAAUAACAUUUUCAGGUGCAUUCAUAAAACCACCCGUUCUAGAUAUGCUGCUUGUGUUACAAUGAAGGAAGACCAUAACUAAGCUGGCGUCCAACCAUUCCACGCCUAUAGGACAGUGAAUUCAAACCCACUUUGUUUUUAUUUUCCCUUUCUAGACUGUGAAUCGGGGGGUUGGGGUUGUGUUUGGGGGACGGGGUUGGUCAUCUGAGUGACAAAUCAACACUGUAAGGUACUGUAGCAAUAAUAUCUGGAAAGCAUUUACUACUGUAUUGUAAGAUUAUUUGAAUUUUAUUACUACUACUAUUAUUAUUAUUAUUAUUGUUAUUAUUAUUACUAUUAAUCUUAUAUUACUAUUAGCCUAUUGUCGUUCUGUUAUCUUUGCAUGCCGUUUCAUGGCAAUGAAACAUUGGGGCUUUUGUGUUUUCUCAAGCGAUGCUGUGGGUUUGGCAGGGGUGGGAGUGAUGGGUGGGUUUGGCAGGGGUGGGAUUAUUUUAUUCUGAAUGUUAUGGAGUAGCGUUUUCAGUGUGAGGGACUGAACGCUUUAUGCGCCUUUUACUCCAUCAACAGACACCAUGGAGCGCAGACAAAAUGUGGUUGUUAUCCCAACGAGACCACUGGACAAAGUGCGCCGCCAUUUUAUAUACUUAAUCGAAAACAUUUCACAUGCUUAGUCAAAUACACUACACCCCCAACUUCUGCCUCUUUAGAGAACCUGUGUAUGUGUGUGUGUGUGUGUGUGUGCGGGCUUGUGUGAGAGAGAGAGAGACUGAGGCUGAAAGAGAGUGAAUGAACGAGAGAGAGAGGGAGAAAUUGAGGUUCUUUGUUCUAUUGAUGCGUUGUAUACUUUCUUAAUGCAUUAAACGUGUGUGCUAUUGGAGUAGUGUUGAAAUUGUUAAUUUAUUGAUUAGAAUGUCUUUGCUUCCCAAGGUGAGAAAGUAAAGUAAAUGUAGCAUCUGUGACCAAAACCCUUAAAAAGGUAUGGGGUACAGAAACUAACAAAACAAAAAUAAAAGGAACACGUUUUUUCAAGUGCCAUAGUUAGAGAGGACAAGCUCGAUUGGCGAAAUGGGAACUAGUUGCUUUACUGUGUGAGUUUACUUGAGAACCAAUCAAAAAGAGGAAUUUUGAGGCAAGUGUGUAUUUCAUUACAUUGAAUUGUUUGUUUAUAUGUUUGCUUUUUUCACUUGUUGAGUCAGCUCAGACCUUAGAACUUUGACCCAGCUUUGACCCAGCUGUGUGUGUGUGUGUGUGUGUGAGAGAGAGAGAGAUAGCGACAUAAAUUAAGAGCUUUGGUGAUCCAGUUGUGUUGAAGUUGUGAGUUUUCCUGAGCCAUCUCAGUGUCUCCUCCUUCGAGAUGUAAAUAAUGAAGUCAAGGUCUGAAGUGAUUUUUGUUAAAUUCUAUAUUUUAUCGCUUUUGUAGACAUUUCUUUGUGGGAAGAAAAAUAAAAGAAAUGUUAUGGAUGCA